CAAAGGGACCACGAAACAACAUCGACUUGAUGCCGAUUUUUCUCUGUUUGUGUUUCUGUGGCUCUGGAUUCCACAACAUAUGAAGUAUUCCGCAAGUCAAAUUUAGGAUUGUGGAAAGUUCUUGAGAGCAACCAUGUCUCUGCGGCCUGAAGACCACCGCUCGUCGCGGUCAAGGUCCAAAUCACAUUCGAGGCGUGAUCGCUCACGUUCUCAUAGCGCUGUGAGGAAGACUCAUAACAUUACGCCUCAGAGGCCUGCAGAAUAUGUUUACGCCAAUACCCCUGCUUCGGUACCACGUCACGUCUCACCUGUAGUAGCCAUGCCUGCGAUGCCCUCAAUGCCGGGUGAUUUUGACGAGGAGUAUACCAUCAAACCUGGAGGCUCGCGUACCGAGGGACAGCCUUUACCUUACCCCUCAGUGGGACAACUGCCUUAUCCUUCUGUACCACAGGAGAUUGACAUGGGCGACUACAAGGACUUUCCACCGCAUGAACGGCCUGGGUAUGCUGUUGCGUCUAGGGAUGCACACGACAGUGACACCGACUUGGCGUACGGUACUCUACCCCUGCCCGAAGUGAGAAGGGGUCAUUCUGGUAGUGUGAGCAGCCAGCGUGCACCUUCUCCGGCAGGCUAUACCUCGACCUCGUAUCAUUAUCCUGCCCAGGAGACACACUCAACUUCCAAGCCCUCAUCGGGUCAGUCUCAGUCGUAUGCCUACUCUCAGUCUAGGACCGAUCAACCCGCUGGACAUCAUGACUACAUCACUCAACCUCAUGGCGCAAGUGGAAAGCAGCUUCAGAAAUCUAGCGUCAGACCCCAGACUGUCGACGUGACCCCUGGUAUCUCCAAGCAGACCAACCUCGGGCUGAAUGUUCGUAUGGAUAGAUUGUCUGUCAGCGGCAAUAGACCGGACAUAUCUGGAAAUCUUCCACCCCCGAGUCCUUUGCUUGAGGCAUAUCGUGGCACCUAUCAAUCAGUAUCUCCCAUGAUAGCACCCAUGCAUUUAUCUUCAGACACCGACCUUGACAGACUGUCUUCGCUCUCUCCCGGCCCCUCGUCAAGCAGCAAGCAUCAAAGACGAUCCAGAAGCAGCACUGGCAAGGUCGAUUUUGUUGGUUCUGGCUCCGAGUCUCAUCCAAAGGAUUCGAAGAAGCGAGCACGACUGUACGAUGCCGAGAAAGACGCCCUAGCACUGAAUGAGGCAAUCUCGCACCACAAAAUCGACGUCGACACGAUUUGCAAGAUUCUGCCCUACCUCACGCAUGACCAAAUCCUCGAACUUCGCAAGGAGUACAAGAAACACGUCAAGGUUCAGGGACGGGGUAUCAACAUCGCCAAACACAUGAAGAUGAAACUCUCGGGCAAUUUCGGCAAAGCUGUGUACGUCUGCGCACUCGGCAAAUACGAAAGCGAAGGCUAUUGGGCAAACUUCUGGCAUCAGUCUCACAACACUCGUCGCGAGCUGUUGAUUGAGAGUCUGAUGGGUCGUAGUAAUGCGGAGAUCAGACAGAUCAAGGAUUCCUUCAAGGACAAGCGCUAUAAUGAUGACUUGACCAGAUGUAUGGAGAAGGAGCUGAAGCCAGACAAAUUCCGAACAGCUGUGCUCAUUGUCCUCGAGGCCAGACGUCAGGAAGAAAGUGAAGUUCAUCCAAGACAAUAUGUUGACAAGGAUGUUGAGGUCUUGAACAGAUGUCUGACAGCCAAAGAAGGUGGUGAGAGCACUAUGCUGGAGAUUGUCGUCAGAAGGAGCGAUGCGCAUUUGCGAGAGGUGUUGAAAGCAUAUGAGCGUAGAUAUGGGGUCAAUUUUGCGAGGGAGGCUUUGAGGAAGAGUAAUAACCUCGUGGGAGAAGUGAUCUGCCAUAUUCUCAAUGGAGCCAUCAACCGCCCAGCCAGAGACGCUUUGCUCCUUCGCCACGCCAUCGAUGACAUUGGUUCUCACAAUCGCGAGGAAGAGCUGCGUUACGAGUUGCUUAUCUCGAGAUUGAUGCGAGUGCACUGGGAGCCCGCACACCUGACCCGUGUGAAGCGUGAGUAUGUCGAGAAGUAUCGCAAGGAGCUCGAACACGAUGUCGAGGAUGCGACAAAGAGUGACUUCCGAGAGUUCAUGUAUGAGAUCUGUAAGACUUGAGGAGGCAGGUUUGGGUUGGAUGCACGAGGUGAUGAUGACGCUUUACGAUGUUCAUGGACGCAAUAUCAUGAUGGAUUGAAAUAUACCUAAGCAAUAUAAAAGUUAUCAU